UUCUGCGCACUGCUCCUCACAGAGACAACAUGGCGCUGGCUAAGACCGUCUACAAUCUCCUCUUCAGGAGGACGUCUACCUUCGCUGUAACUAUCAUGGUUGGAGCGGUCUUUUUUGAACGGGUGUUUGACCAAGGCGGUGAUGCUAUUUUUGAGCAGAUGAACCGCGGGAAACUAUGGAAACACAUCAAACAUAACUAUGAGAGCAAAGAGGAGGAGUAGGACGCUACCCUGUGUUAUAUAAGGCUGAUCCGGUUUCCAUCACCAUGUAUUCCUGGAUUCAUCACCUUAGUGAAGGUGCUGUCAUCUUGAACAAUGUGCACUAAGUCAUACCCAGGCUGGAGUGGACUGUGAGAAGAUCUGUGGAAGCUGACAGGCUGCCUCAACUACCGGGGAAAUGGAUCAAGGCUCGUCCUCUACAUUGCAUAUAUUUCCUUCAAGUUCAUUGUCUUCAGAUUGUAAAUUGUUAUAUUAAACAUGUCUCGAUGUCAUCCAAA